AUGAUUGUCAAGGGAAAGAUGACGGCUUCCAACACCCGCCGUGCGGAGUUUGAAAAGGAGCUGGCUGAUGCCAAAUGUGCAUUGGAAGUUGCACGUGUCCAGGUGAUGAAUGUUUUGGCUGAGCGUGAUGCGCAGGUUGUCAGAGCUCAGGCCGCGGAGAACCUUGUUGAGGGGCAAAAGGUAACCAUCGAACACUUCAAGAACGAUGUAGAUCGCUUCGAAAGACUGGUGAAGUCGUUGGUUCUCCAGCGAGCUGCUGCCGUGGAAGCAGCCAGAAAGGCUCUCGCGGAGGAGGCCAAGGCCAGAAACCAGGCCGCAGUGGCUCGAGCUCACGAGAAAGCUAUCAGAGAGGACUUCGAAUCACUGGUUGUGAGAUUUGAGAUUCUGGAAAAACAAUACGUGCUCUCUCAAGACGGGAACAAAGACCUCAAAAUCAAAUUUCAUGAGUCUUUAGAUAAGCUCAAAUUGCUUACUGAGCAAUUAGAUCACCUGAAGAUUGAGUUGGAAAAAAAGAUCGAAGCCAACGAAGUUUUUCAAGCAGAAAACGCUGUAUUCGAGAUCGGAAUCCAGGAAGUCCAGGCUGCCGCGGAUCGGGCGAGAGACCGUGCGACGAAGGCGGAGGAAGAUCGCGACGAAGCAGAAAAGGCUUACCAUGAUUCCCAUCGCAAGGAAAAAGAGUUGCACAGACGACAUGUCAGGGUAAAGAUAGAAUGGGAAAAUUCCCAAUAUGAGUUGAAGGAGGGGCAGAUGAGGAAAAAGAGCCUCCGGAUUGAGCGUGAGCAUGUCAUAAAGGUGGCCCAUUACAAUAGCCACUGGACGAAGGAAACCGUUGAGUGGGGCCAAGCCUUGAACUUCAUGAAUCACCGACUUCUUGGAGAAUGGAGAUCCAUGCAAGACGAGAAGGAGAAGGCUUUGGAGAAGCUCCUCGAUACAGAGAGAAAAGGUCUUAUCUUUGUUGGUGAUUCAACUGAGGCCCGCGAAAGAAUCAUCGCCCUAGAUGCCCAAUUGGGCAUGCUCAUUGAAUCCAGGAGAGCCUCUGAAAUUGACCAAGAUACUUUGGAGAGGCAGUGGGAGGAGAUGAAGAAAAAACUGAAAGAUGAGGUUGAGUUGAAAAAGAAAGAGCUUAAUGAUACCCACGUCAUCUGUAUGGGACUGCAGGAGCAGCUUACCGCUGAAAAGGCCCACAACCACGAUACCACCGAAAAGCUAGACGCUGCAAAUGCGCAGAUCAAUGGCACCAAGGAGGACUGCAAGAACACUGUUGCCGCAAAGGAGAAGGAACAUGUCGACAAGCUGAAGGAUGUGGAGGAGAAGGUCCAGCAACGUAUCACCGAUCAAGUGAAUGCUACCCUUGAACGUACCAGCCACCGCUCAUAUGUUUACACAAAUGUCACUCUGCUGGAGAUCUUCUACGGUGGAAAGCGCGUGGACGACGUCGCUAUUUACAAGAACAUCGGUGAACACUGGGGUUCCUCGGAGCCUUUGGCUCUCAACAAGAUCUUCGGUGACAAGGACAAGAAGCAGACUGUGAUUAUUUAUCGCACCAAGUCUAGGGAUGAACCUGCAAUUCUCAUGGCCUCGGCACAGGAUAGUGCGCUCAAGCUUCCUCCUCUUAAGGGCCCCAAGCACUAG